AUGUCUUCCGCCGAGACCUUCGUUCCGGAAUAUCUCAAAGGAGAGAUGUACGGUGCCGAUACACCCGCUGACCUGUCGCGAUACCUCCUCGAAUGGCAUGCUGGGCAUAUCACCAUCGCAGAGAAAACGAUUAAAGGCAAGAUUCGUCUGACUCUCGACACCCAAGAGCCUCGUGUAGAAUUUACGCCUUUCGAAAACCAUGCCCAUGGUCAGAUUAUCUUCACGGCGGCGAAGACAACGCCCUCCAUCCAGCUCUUUAACCAGCAAGACCUAGGCUCCAGCCCCAACCUCGCUUUUUUCGAACAGCAUGCAAGUAUCAUGGACAGUAUUGAGCUCAAUCUGGAAAAGUGUGAUCUUUUGGCGUUCGAAUUCAAGACUCAUGAAACGCCACCGAUGCCUGCAUCAGAAAGAGAACCACCCGCAGAUAAGAAUGCAUGGGAAAUAUGGAAGUUCCUGAAUGACCUGCCGUGGACUGAUCAAAUUGUUCUUCUUUGGUUGCAGCUUGACGCCAAGCACCAUGAUAAGAUUACCCGCAUCAAAAAUUCAUACACAUCCGCCAUGGAUGUAGUGAAAUCCGAAGGAUCCCACUGGUAUUUGAAAAAGGUUGAGUUGGCUCCCGGAAAGGCACGCCGACCGGCAAGACCAUGGUCCUUCAAUCCAGAUGGGAAACACCGUGAUAAAUAUGGCGACAUUUUGUGCCGGGACUCGUUCUUUAUCGACUCGGCCGAUUAUCAAGCACAUCUCCUGGAGGGAACGCGCAACGACUGUCACAUCCAGGAGUCCGCGAUCAAGGAUGUAUUCCAUAUUGGAGUACAGCACCUGUGCCGUUUUGAAAGAAUUAUCCCACGUGUGUGGAAUGUAUUUGUUCGAAUCAGAGCAAAUGUCAAGCCGGUUCUCAGCGAGUUGACGCGGGUCAGGUUUGACAAUCCCCAAUCAGGGGCUGUUGAGAAGUCCCUCAGGUAUGAUGGUCAAAUUGUGGAUUGCCAGAGCAACUCAAAAGGGGAUAUUACCAUCCUUUCUAUGUCGAACAUCCCGAGCCACUUCCACAAUAAAGAAAUGCCUAUGGAUCUCAUGGUGGGCGCGAACGUUGCUCCAGCCCACGACCAGAUGAAGUACCUCGAGGAUGCAUGGAAGAUCAAGGUAGUAGGGGAUCAGCCAAGUGGGUGGCAAAAAGGGUUUUCGCUUCAUAAAACACUUCUCGCUCAUGGUCGUGAGAUGGACACAUGUAACCCCGGAUAUUUCCAGCUCAACAUGAUGCAGAGCAAUCAACUCUCGGCCUCUGAGGUUGACACUCGAAUCCAAAGGAUCCUCGACCUGGCAAAACUCGAUCAAUGUCAGCUGGAUGCGUUCAGGGCAUCCACGAGCAGAAUUCCAGGUGGACUGCAGCUAAUCCAGGGACCUCCAGGGACCGGCAAAACCAAAACCGCGACAUCGAUUAUCCUUGCCCACGCACUGGUAGGACACAAAGUCCUCUUGACUGCAGGAUCCAACAAGGCUGUUGAGAACCUUACAAAUGGUGUGUUCAAGGUUAUAAAGAGCAAUGUUGACAUUGAAAAGCUUGUGGGAGACAUUGUGAGAUUCCGAACACCGGCUUACUGCAUGUCAGUAAUUCGGAACAAGAGUAAGAAUACCAAUCCCAUUGCUCGAGUCAGUGAGCUCUCGUCAACUGAAAAGGAAUUGGAUAGCUGUCAGCUCUACACCCUUGUGCAAAGAUUUGCCGAAAACAAUCCCGACGACCCAUACUGCAAAGCAUUCAAUGAAUGCAGCGCAUUGGACAUCGAGGAAGGGCUGAACAGCAAUGCGGCAAGCAUCCUGAAGAACUCCAUGGAGUUCAUCAUGGGCAAGAUUCUCAGGCUUGCCAAGACCAACAUUGUGGCAUCCACUUUCGGAUCCAUUGCGCAGGAUCUCAUUCGCUUAAACUUCCAUCCCGAUGUCCUCGUCUCGGAUGAGUCCGGGCAAUGCCUCGAGGCUGAACAUGUGAUUGGCAUGAGCUUGGAAUCGCUGAAAGCCGUGAUCUUGAUUGGAGACCCCGAUCAGCUAGCGCCAACGGUCAUGACGGGUGGAGACCACAAUGAAUAUGCAGGAUACUUGAAAAGGCCUCUGAUGACUCGACUCAAGGCUGCCGGCUACCCUCUAGCACUUCUUCGUACAAAUUAUCGCUGCCAUUCCGACAUCCUUCGGUUUUUCAAUGAAGCUGUGUACAAAGGGAAGCUGGUAGCUAGUGCUGGCAAUGACGUCGCUGAGCGCGUCAGCAACGUCUGGAGUGACUUCACUGCUUCCCACGCAUUCUUCCGGCGAGCCAAUGUUGAUGGACGGCGUCGCCUGGUCAUAAACUCUCCCGGGUAUGCUGAGAAGGACGGAGUCUCCUUCAAGAACCCAGCCCAAGCCGAACUGCUCAGCCAAGUUCUUCGGGAAUUGUAUGCUUUCAAAGCUGCGUCUAGCGAACGAAUCACGCCAGCCGAUGUCUUGAUCAUUAGCCCUUACAAGGCUCAGCGAGACUGCAUCAAAGCAACUCUCAGCAAGCACAACAUCCAGUACCGCGAAAACCUUACCAUUGACGCAGCACAAGGUCAGGAGGCACCCAUAGUGUUCCUGUUGUUGACGAAGCCAGGACCGGAUAACAGGAAGGUUGGAUUUGUGGCUGAUCCCCAGCGCCUCAAUGUUGCGCUGAGUAGAGCGCAGAGAGUGCUUGUUAUCAUUACCAACUUGGACUCAUGGGAUGUCAAGGCCGCCACAAGAAUGAGCAUGAAGCCAGAAACUAAGAUGCUUGCGAGCCUUCUCCUUGAUGUGAACAGAAGACGGCAUGUUCUAUCAUGGUCUGGUCCGACAUUGACUAUUUGA